UUGUUGGUGGUGGUUUUCUGGCUGGCUCUAUUUUUUUUGUGGUUGAUAAAAUGGCAAAGGUAAAGCUUUUGCACACACACACACACACGCACACACGAUUCCAUAAUUGUGUGCGAAAUUGACAAUUUUCAAAUUUUUUUUUUAAUUUUCUCAUGAUCGAUUUGAUUUGAAGAAUUGAUUGUCGAACAACUUUAUUCGAAAUUUAAUCGAUUCUAGAUUGCUAGACCAACUAACGCCAUCUAGUCAUAUCGGUUAGAACUGUGAUUCUCAUUCUCAUUCUAUUGAAUGCACGUGAUCCAUUCCAUGCGUGUUUUUUUUUUACUGUUUAUGUUUUUUGUGGCAAUUUUUCUUUCAAAUAAAUUUUUUUAAAAAAUGUCUAAUAACAAUUCAAAUCGAUUAUUUGAACCAUAUAAAUCUAUUGGCCUUGUAUCAUCCAAUGUACCGCAUUUAAUUCGUUAUAUUGAAAAAUUGAAUAAAAUACAAAUCGUUACCGCUGUUGGACGAUCAUUUUUAGUUUUCAAUGAAAAAUUACAAUUAAUUGAAACUUGUGUUGCACACGAUUCAGACAUAACAUUAUUGGCAUCGGAUUCGAAAUUUUUAUUUACCGCCGCAUCGAAUGAAAUAUUUGCCUGGAAACAUGGCCAUAGAUGGAAAAUAAAAUCCUACAAAGAUGAUUUACGUCAAAAUCAAUUACAUCAUCUGAUGGUUUUAGGUGGUCAAUUAUUGGCCAUUGAUUGUAAUCAAAAUUUAAUUUGUUGGGAUAUCAGCACACAAGAAAUCACCGCCUAUAUCGCGUUCAAUAGUGAAGUGACAACAGCAGAAGAUUCGACAACAAAUUCCACAAUCAUUACAGCAAUAUUACAUCCAGCUACGUAUAUAAAUAAAAUUCUUAUUGGAACUCAACAAGGUCGCCUACAGCUAUGGAAUAUAUCAAAACAGAAACUGAUUUAUCAAUAUAAUGGAUUCGGUUCCGAAAUUUGUUCACUGGUUCAAAGUCCAGCAUUACAUGUUGUGGCCAUUGGUCAUCAUUCUGGAUUGAUUGUUUUACAUCAACUUCAACAAGAUACGAUGAUCAUGAAAUUUCAACAAGAAUUCGGACCAGUUACAACGAUAUCAUUUCGUACAAAUGAUUCAUCCACAUUUGCAUUGAUGAUAUCGGGAUCACGACGAUCCGGUCAUCUAGCUAUAUGGAAUCUUGAUGAACAGAGACUUGAACAACAGAUGCGUGAUUUACAUUGGCAAUCCAUAGCAUCGGCAAGUUUUAUUCAAAAACAACCAUUAAUGAUCACCAAUUCGAGUGAUAAUUCAUUGAAAAUAUUCAUUUUUGAUGAUCUUCAAACAACGGGAAGAUUAUUGUUUCAACGUGAAGGACAUCGAGCGCCACCCACUCGUAUUAGAUUUUAUGGUGAUAAAGGAAAAUUUAUCCUUAGUGCUGGUCUUGAUUCAACAUUACGAUCAUUUUCUAUUUAUUCGGAACGUUUAAAUCGUAGUCUUGGUUUAGCUAGUGCUAAUCGUAAAUUGGCCAAAAAAAGAGGCAUAAAAAAUGAUACAAAUGUUUUGCUACCUAUCGUGGAUUUUGCUGCUGAACCAUUACGGGAAAAAGAAUGGGAUAAUCUUGUUGCAUGUCAUAGAAAUACAUCAAUGGUUACUACUUGGUCAGUGGAUCGUAUGAAAAUGGGUGAACAUAAAUUAUUGCCAGAAAGAUUUACAAGAUCAUCCAACAAUGUUCAAGCUGAAUGUGUUUACAUAAGUAGUUGUGGUAAUUUUGUUAUUAUCGGUUAUAAUACUGGACAUAUUGAUCGAUUCAAUAUUCAAUCCGGGUUACAUCGUGGAUCUUAUAGAAUCGAUGGCAACGAUACAGCUCAUCAAGGUCCAGUUCGUUCGGUACUUAGUGAUGCAUUAAAUCAGAUGAUCAUCUCUGGUGGUGCUGAUCGUUAUUGUCGAUUAUGGCAUUUUGCCGCACGUAAUAAAAAUCAAUUGAUUGGUAGUUUUAAAUUAUCCGAUUCUGUUGCCCGAAUGUGUUUGCAUAAAGAUAAUCAAUUUGUUGCCAUUGCAUUGGAUGAUUUUUCUGUCAUUGUUAUGGAUUUAGAUACAAAGAAAAAAGUACGUCAUUUUCGAAUGCAUCGUAAUCGUAUUACCGAUAUGACAUUCGAUAAUGAUUGCCGACGGCUAUUCAUUUCGGCAAUGGAUUCAUUUGUUUAUAUUUGGGAUAUGAUUUCUGGCCAAUUAGUUGACGUAUUGGCCACUGAAACACCAUGUGUAUCAUUGUCAUUAUCACCAAAUGGGGAAUUUAUUGCUACAUCACAUGUUAAUCAAUUAGCAAUUUAUUUAUGGUCCAAUAUAUCUUUAUAUAGUAAAGUUACAUUACAACCGUUAACAGAAUCACAUUUGGAUACCAUAUCGUUAAUGCAAAUGCCAGCAAUAAAAUCCGAUGAAAUUGAUAACCGUGAAGAUUCGAAUGAUGAUGAUGACGUGGAAAAAAUCAUGGCAAUCGAAACGAAUGACAAUGAUGAUGAUGAUGGUCAUAAUAUCCUUGAAUAUCAAUAUAAAUCACCGGAACAAAUUUCCAAUGAUUUAAUAACAUUAUCUUCAGUGGCAAGUUAUCAAUGGAAAAAUCUUUUACAAUUGGAUCUGAUACGAAAACGAAACAAACCAAAAGAAGUGUUGGAAAAACCAACUAUUGCGCCAUUUUUUCUGCCUUGCAUUAGUGGACUUGAACCAAAAUUUGAUUUAUCAAAUAAUGAUGAUGGCAAUGAUGAUAGUGAAAUGUCCACAACAAUUUCCAAUGAAAAAUCAAUGAAAAUAUCAAAUCAUUUGAUCACACCAUUUGCAAAAUCAUUACAACAACAUUAUCAUGAAAAUAAUUUAUUGAUAUUUUUCAAUGAAAAAAUGAAAUCAUUAGGACCAUCAAAAAUUGAUGCAGAAAUUCGUAGCAUCGGAUCAGAAUGUAUUGGUACCAUUGAUUUUAUGUUAUAUUUUCUCACAAUGAUUGAAAUGAUGAUUGAAUCAAAUUGUAAUUUUGAAUUAUGUAAUGCAUACAUUGGUUUAUUCAUCAAAUGUCAUGCAGAAACAAUAUGCAGACAAAGGAAACUAUUUGAACGUAUUGAUUCAAUAUCGACAAAAAUCAUUGAUAAAUGGCAACGUUUACAACGAUCAUUAGAUCGAUCAAUUUCAUUGAUUGAAUUUUUACGAAAUGCAUUGAUUUGAUAGUUGAUUUUGUAUUGUAUUAUUAUUA